UUUAUCUUCCAUUAACGUCAUCAUGAAGUUUGCUGUGUAUCUUAACUAGUGCCACGUAAUUUUGAUAUUUUUGAGAAACAUAAAUAAUAGUCGGCGCGAAAAUAAUAAGUUAUUCUUGAUGCAAACUUGUAUUACAGUGCCUUAAUUUUUCUCCAUAUCAAAUAUGGGCUCAUCGCAAAGUAUUGAGAUCCCUGGUGGUGGUACAGAAGGUUACCAUGUACUCAGAGUCCAGGAUGGCUCACCAGGUCAGAAAGCAGGGCUAGAGGCAUUUUUUGACUUCAUUGUAUCUAUUGGAAAUACUAGAUUAGAUCAAGAUAACGAUACCCUUAAGGAAAUUUUAAAAAAUAAUAUUGAAAAAGAAUUACAAAUGACGGUUUACAACAGUAAAACUCAAUCUGUCAGACAAACAACUAUCGUACCAAGUAUGACAUGGGGCGGUCAUGGACUUUUAGGUGUAAGCAUACGAUUUUGUUCGUUUGAAGGAGCAACUGAAAAUGUUUGGCAUGUAUUAGAAGUUCAUCCGUCAUCGCCAGCUGAGUUAGCUGGUCUUAGACCUUUUACUGAUUACAUUAUUGGUGCUGAUUCAGCGCUCCACGAAAGUGAAGACCUAUUUACGCUCAUUGAAGCUCAUGAAUCGAGACCACUUAAACUGUAUGUCUACAAUACUGUUGACGAUGCAUGUAAAGAAAUCACGAUUGUUCCAAAUUCAACUUGGGGAGGUGAAGGAAGUCUCGGAUGUGGUAUUGGCUAUGGAUAUCUUCAUAGAAUACCUGUUCGAAAUAUUUCUGAGGCUAAAUCACACCAUUCAUAUCAAACUACCAACAUAAAAACUCCAAUUGCUGCACAAUCACCACCAACGAAUUAUCAUCCUUCAAGUAAUCCAGUGGUUACGUCAAUUCCACCAGGAUUCACGAUUCCUCCAAACUUUAUUUCAACCAUAGCCGAUGUUUCUGCACCUCGAGAUACUGUUACUACAGUCUCUGCUCCUAAAAUACCUACAACAAUACCAUCUACGCCUACUCAAGUAGUUCCACCUUUGCCUGCUGAUCCGACUACUUCUGGUGCUCCAACAACAAUUGGUUCUGCGGCUAACUAUUUUACUCCAUCGUCUAACAAUUAUUCUCAAAAUUUCAAUCAAAUGAUGUAUCAAGAAACUCCAAAUAUUCCAGGGAUGCCACAAGUGCCACCAAUGCAACCGUUCUUAGUAGACACAUCGAUUCCUACCACUUUAAAUCUUCAAAAUAGUUUUAACCCUCCAUUAUAUGUUCCUUCAUCCAAUUCUCCAUUUGAUUCACCUCAACCUCAAGUGGUUACUACUCCUAUCAACCUCCCUGGAAUGCCACCAAUAACUGUGAGUGCUAGCCUACCCCAAACUACAGAUUUUUAUUCAUUACAAGAUCAAAGUCCGUUGAGUAAUCCUAGUAAUUCAACUUUACCAACUUCGACAUCAUCACAAUAAUUUUUUCAGCUGUUUUAGAGACUGGAUAACGCAUUUUCAUUGAUAUCUGGUAUAGCAAAUGAUCGAAAGAAAUUGAAAAAUGUACUAAAAUAAAAUUCGAAUAAAAUAAUUUUAUAUCGAAA